AUUUUUCCUAUUACACACAUUUCCAUUAGAUUAUAAGAAUCUAAAGAGAUCCCAUUUUCUUCUUCUAAAUUUCCUCAACCACCAACUUCUCAAUGUCGUCCUCCUCUACCCAAUACCAACUGGAGAUGCGGAAUUACACGUGUCCAAAAUGUGACAUAAUGCUUAGGGUUCUCUCAUCGCCUUCGGCUUCUCCUCCAUACUGUCCUCUAUGCAAUAUCGUUUCUUCUUUCACUUAUUCGACCCCUUUUGAAGUUGGUCCUAAUGAUUUCGAAGAUGACGAGGAAUCUCAAUUUCUCGACUCCAUUGAAUCUCUUCCGACCGUUGAGAUCUCAUCUUCAAUGUUGUCUUGCGCUUCCUCAGAUGAUUCUACUUUACCAUGCGCCAUUUGUAGAGAAGAUUUCGUGGUUGGAGAAUCUGCUAGGAAAUUGCCAUGCAACCAUUUAUACCAUAAUGAUUGCAUUAUUCCUUGGCUCACAAGUCAUAACUCAUGCCCUCUCUGUCGAUUUCAGCUCCCGGUUGCUUCUGUUGGAGAUGACAGUGAUCUGACCAUGUGGUUUGAUGCAUUGACCGUAGAGGACGACUUGGAGGAAGAUACAGGAGUCACUCUCGCUUUGAAUAACUUCAUUUUUCAAGGAGAUGAUAUGAAAAGCUCAACAAGACUCAUCUCAAUGGAAAGAGCUGGUCAAUGUCUCGCAAGAAAUGACGAAGGUCAGGUCGUGUUUCAUGCUAGAGCUUCAUUCCCCCGAGUAGACUCUCUGAUGACCGCUGCGCUACGAUGCGUCUUAUGGACUCUUGAAGCUCUACGCAACUUGCACAUUAAUCGAGUGGAAAUAGUAUAUGACAAUGUUGCGGCGAUGGAGGCAAUCAAUAAUCCCAAAGAACGGCCAAAGUAUUGCAUUUUCUUGGGCGAAAUUUAUAGCAUAUUAAUUGGGCUCAAUUCAUGGGAGUGCCACCGAGUAGCGGUAUCUGCUAAUAAAGUUGCUAGCGCUAUACGCGAUAUAGGAGACUCCAAUCAUAUUUGGCGCUAGGAGGGUUUUCUUGGCUUCACUAUCAAGUGCUUUCUGAAGCGUAUCUUUAUUCUAAGUUUUUAAAAUUCAUCUUAUCGUUUAUGUUAUGUGUUUCAAACCUUGGUUCUAUGAGAUGACAAAAAAAAACGGAUGCGUCUUAU